CGGUGGAUAUUUGAUUUAAUGAUUUACAAUAUAUAUCUGAUUUAUAAAUUUGUAAAAUUGUAUAAAUUGUAGAAUGUAUUUAUAGUUCAACUUUGUAUGUUAGGGUAGUGGCAGUAUUGUAGUGGCUUGUGCAGGGCAAACAUACUGUUGAAAGAUAGCAAAAAAUGUUCCGCUUGUUUAAAAAUAAAGUUAGAGGGGUAGAUGAUCAAAUGAGCACCCUUCCCACAUGGGCUAGUUCCGGACCCUGGACCCAUGUUGCUCAUGAAUUGAUUAAGUAUCAGCAACCUUUUCAGGUGACUAACCCUGGUCACCAGUUGCUGAAUUUGGAUUUGUCUCGAUAUUCCAAGGCAGAGCAGAAGUCUGCAGCACAAGUGGGUUGGUUGUGUUUUCAGGCGCUAAUGGAGGAGACAACCAAAAGGGAGUCAGUUGAACUUGAACUGCAGGCAGUUAAAGAUCAACUAUUUGUGUUAAGAGAAUGUUUCCGCUCUUCAGAAAAGCACCAUGAUGUGAUGGAAACAUAGUUUUCACAAUAUGUAGUGAAAACUGUUAAUAAACAGCAAAAAGGUAAAGGGAGAAAAUCAUCAGAAAAGUGUGCAUCAGUUAAAGUGAGAGCUCUUGUAAAUAAAGGAGACUUGGGGGAGUUAGCCCAGUGGUCAGGAGCAGAUUCAGAUGAGGAAAUUGAAAUGAUAGGAGAUGAUAUAGAAGAAGGAAAACUAAGGCCAAUAGUAACUACCAAACAAAGGAGAGCAGUAACUCAAAGAGCAGGCAAUACUAACAGAGAUCAGGAUUACAGAGGAAAUGCAGAAGCAGCAGAACAGCAAUAUACAGAGGAAACAAGUUCAUAUACUGCAGGAGAAUUAACAGAGUUGGGUCAGAAAUUUGACCAGAAAGGAGGUGAAAGUAUCCUUAAAUGGAUCUUGCGAGUGUGGGAUUUGGGUGGGGAUGGUAUCAUGCUUACUAGCAGGGAAGCAAUAGGAUUAGGCAGUAUUGCUAAAGACCCUCGGGUGCGGCUUUAUCUGAGGAGAGCACGUGAUACUACUGUGACUUUUUCCCUGUUACAUUUGAUAAGGGCUUCAGUCUUACAAGUGUAUGAUACGCCCACUGAAAUGAUGGAUUCUACCCCAUGGCGUACUAUAGGGGAGGGAAUACAAAGGUUAAGAGAGUAUGGAUGUGUGAGCAGCUUGAUUGCUGAUCCGUUAGCUUCAGCAACCCCAAAUACACCUACAAUAAAAGAGAUGUGGUCAGGGCCAGAUAUGGCUCCCUUUACUGCACACAUGAAAAAUAAAUUGCUUGUAGGAUCGCCCAUCCAUUUGAAAGUCCCAUUGUUUACAAUGUUAAGUGCUUUAGAUGCCAAGCAGGGUGUUAUUCAUGAAGCUGCUACAUUGCUGAGUCAGCUGGGUGAGUUAGAACGCACAGGAGAAACCAUUGCUAGGCAGCGGGAUGUAAAAAAAAAGGGGUACAGAAAGGUUAAAAAUCAGCCGCAGGCAGAUGUUCUUAAAUUUGCUUCAGAGUGGAGUAGCUAAGGUUGAAAUUGAUGGCAUUCCCACUGCUGAUUUGUUUAAACGCUGGGAAAAACUGAAACAAAAGGUGAGGUUGAAAUUAACCAAAAAACAGAAUGUAGCAACAGGCAACAUAGAGGACCGUGUCACACAUGCAGUCCUGCUAAUGAAGAGAAAUAAUUCAUCCCACAUAGGGAAGAGGACUUACUUUA